CUGUAUAGCUGAGAAAAAAAUAACAACAACAAAAUCAAGAAUUUAAAUAUUUUCAAAAAGCUAAGCCGCAUUUAGAUCAACUCAACGCAAGCGAAAUUCCAAGAAACUGAUUAAAAAAAGCAAAUACCUGCGCUGAGCUAUCUAUCCAUCUAAGACCAUUAAAAUACCCAGGCCGGUCUGCCUAUAGGGGAGCCACCGAAGCUGACGAGCCAGCAUGUGAAGCAGCUGAUCGAGCUCUAUCAAUCGCAUCCACGCCUCUGGGAUCAAUCGCAUCCCGAGUUUCGUGACGUGGAUCGCGGCAGGGAGUCGUGGCAUCAAAUAACCGAAGCAUGGAGCGCCCAUUGUGGCCGAGGCUUCACUGUAACGGACGUACGCAUACGUAUAUCGACGCUGUGCCAGCGUUUCCUCAAGCAGCGCGAACGCUUGGCCGCCGAGGGCGAGCUGGAGGACUGCGCCAAGUUCGUGCACUACGAUCAGCUGCGCUUCCUAUGCGAGCAGCAGUCGCUGCUCAAUCGCCAGGAGCACAUUGCGCACGAGAACCGCAAGCUGCUGGAGAUCUAUGAGCACUAUCCCAUCCUGUGGCACAAUGCCCACAAGAGGCUGCGCUGCACGGAGACCGUGCGGAAGCGGCACGAGGCACACCGUGGACUGCAGCUGGCGUUGCGAAUGUGUGGAGUGCGGCUUUCUGGGAUGGCCAUGCAGCGACGUCUUCUGUCGCUGCGCAAGCGUUACCGACUGGAGAAGAUCAGAUAUCUGCAUAGCAUCGUCGAGGGCAAGCAGGCGGAGUUCGUAUCCAGCUUUGAGCACUAUGCGGAAAUGGAAUUUCUCCACAAGCAUAUCGAUCCAUAUGUCUGUGCGGCCUGUGGCAAGAUCUUUGAGAAUCUGGUGAGUCAUCAGGCGCAUGUGCAGGGCAGCUGUGAGGAGCAGGCGCUAAAGGAGACGCAGCUGGAAACGGAGCAGGAGCGAAAGCAGGAUUUGGACAAAGAUAGAGGACAGGAGCAAUUGGAAUUAGUGGAGCAAGUGCUGCCAGCGGAGCCCCCUUUGGAGGAGCUAAGCGUGCCUAGCCUAGCUGCUGCUGUACUCCAGCCCGACUAUGUUAGAGAGGAGCUGACAGAGACUUCCUCCGAGGAGAGCCCCACUUCGACGUCGUUGCAGCUGCGCAUGCGUCUCAGCCUGGAGCUGACGCACAAGCUCAUCGAACUCUAUCGCCAGCAUCCCAAUCUCUGGGAUCCCAAUCAUCUGGACUAUCACACAAGGAAGCUGCGGCGCCAGGCCUGGCAUAGCAUUGCGGCUCAAUUGAAUGCCGUUGCCGGAGGCGCUGGAACGGAAGCUGGAGCUGGAGCUGGAGCAAGACGCUUUAGCUGGCAAAUGUUGCAUCGCAAGCUCACGGACUACAUCAAGUACUAUAGGCGAGAGCGGCAGCGCGAGGCUUUGGCUGUGGAGGGCGAGGGCGCCGGCACCCGCUGGGGCUUCUAUGAGGCAUUCGGCUUUCUGGACGAUGUGGUGCCCAUCAAUCGUGUGCUCCAGAAAUCGUUGCAGCAGCGCGAUAGCAAUCUGAAGAUCAUACAGGUCUAUCAGAGCUACGAGCAACUGUGGUGCACCACCCAUCCGGAUUACACGAAGCGGAAGCAGCGCUUGAGGCAUCUGGAAUCUUUAUGCACGCGACUCCAGGAGGAAUGCAAUCUGCAAAUAACCGUGGAACGUUUGAAGAGUCGCCUCAUUGAGUUCCGUUGCCAGUAUAGACAGUGCAAGGAGGCCAGGCAGGAGGCACUGAAGCGUGGCGAAUCUUGGCUGCCCAGCUACGAGUACUAUGCUCCACUGCAGUUCCUGGAGCUGCAUGUCUCGCCCUUUGGCUGCGACCAGUGCUCGGCGAGCUUCAAGCGGCGCAGCGACUAUUUGCGACAUCAGCACAACGUCCACGUGGAGCAACUGCAGCCGGAGCAGCUGCGUCAGCGACGUCGCAGCAAAUGCUCCGCCGGCUCAGCCGUCGCCAAUCCGCUCGAGCACAUCUGUCAUAUCUGCGCCAUGAAGUUCUCGCUGCGCAGCAGCCUGCAGGCUCACCUGCGACGGCAUCUGGGCCAGCGCACGCACUGCUGCAGCGAGUGCCCCAAGAAGUUCUUCAACUCCACCUCGCUGCGAGUGCAUCAGCGCAGCCACACCAAGGAGCUGCCCUAUGUGUGUGAGCAUUGUGCCCGCGGCUUUGUGAAUGCCAGCAAAUUGAAUCAGCAUGUCAAACGGCACACGGAGAAGCGGGACUAUCCCUGCAGUCGCUGCGACAAGGCUUUCUAUACGGCCCACGAACGGGAUCGCCAUCUGCGCGCCCAUCUCAACAUUCGGGACAAGGUCUGUCCAUAUUGUGGGCGUGCCUUUGUUGUGGGCAGCGCCUACUACGCCCACUUGAAUCUGCAUCGGGGCGAGAAGCGCUACAGCUGUGCCGGCUGCGGACAGAGAUUUGCCCAAUACGCAGGACUCUACAAGCAUCGCAAGCGCUGUAAGGUGGGCGGGGCGGAGGAGAAAUGAAUUAUCGAAGGCUCAAUCAUUCACAUUCAUAUUCAGACUC